AUGCUAUGCGAUUUGGAGAUAGAUGUCCGUCCUGAUAACCUGGUGGCAGAAGUUGAGCUAUCGGUAGUCUGUGAAGUUCAGAAUAGCAGCAUCCUGGCUUCCGAUAUCUCCAUAAAACACAUGAAGGACAUCACACUCAAUCCGACCCGGAACCCCGAAAUCAAGGAUACCCUUAGGCGUAUACAGAUGACACUCAACGGCAGGUUUGGCUCGAAGACCCCUGCUUUCGCCCUAGAAUUGGCAUGCCUGUACAGAGAUUUCAAUGUGUACUCUACCGGCAGCUUGGCCACUCGGCUGUUCGAGCUGAAACUAAUAUACUAUGGAAUGAUGGACAUGCUGUACAGUCAUCACAUCCGCGGGUCACCAGACCGUAACCCCAUAUCCCGAUCGGAUUACUACUGCCUCGACACCAGGCUCAUCAGGUCCGUCAUCGGUCUCCCACCGUCAAGGUCGUCAUCAACGCCGUAUCUGAGCUCAUAUCUCGAUAUCGAUAUGGAUGAGACGGUUUCCAUGGCAGCAGACGCAAGGUUAGAGACGGUAACUUCUCGCGAUGACUGCUCCCGUGGGCUCCAUGACAUGACGCCAAUUUUCGGACCGGGAUCACCGAACCCUGCCAUCCUUGCCGACAGCCCGCGGACACAAGAUCACAAGGUAUUCUGGAGCUACCCUCUUGACACGGCGGAUACGCGAUGGACAUGCAAGAGAGAUGCCACGAAUGCGACGGCGGCGAUCCCGGCAGCUGAGGCCUCCUCGUCCCCGUCCUCACGGACAAGGACGUCUCCUCCCAUGCUACAGGAAGGCUACCAUACGCCGGCAGCGGCGGAGGCGGCAAGAGCGGCGGCUUCCAGAGCGUCACGGGUAGGCCAGGCCCAAGAGAAGCCAAUGCCGGCUCCGCCGCCACCCCAGCAGCAGCAGCAGCAGCAGCAGCUUGCGGGACCUCUGGCGUCUAUAGAACUGCAGGCGAGCAAUCCACGGCCCAUCUGCCAAGAUUGCGGGUACCGACCCAGUGGUGACCCUCACUGGUACGCAGGCAGCAUGACAAAGCACAGGAAGACGAAGCACGCGGCAGAGAACACGAUAUUUCAGUGCCCUUACCCCGGUUGCCCGUCCAAGUUUACCAACCGGGCGGAUAACCUACGGCAGCACCAGAUCAAGAAGAAGCACUUCAUCGACACUGACGAUGCGGGGAGCAGCAGCGGAAGAGACCAGGGGAAGAGAAGGAAGAAGAUGUCAGCGGUGUGA